CUCCUGUGUUUGGAUAUUUCCUUUCUACGGUUUAUCUUAUGCAGUAAACUACAGUAGCCUCCUUCAAUGGCGUCUGCCACCGUUCCAUUCGUCGCCUUCUCUCCAAUUCAAUUUCAAAUUCAAACUCGCCAAUUCACCACAGACGCCUCUACCACUUCAGCAUCAAACAGUUCCCCAAACGGGCCGAAUUUUCGGCCCUCCGUGUUGCCGCCACCGAAGGCGUUCAUCCGAUGGACGGAUUCGUUAGAAACGACGGCGUAGAGAAUAAGGGAACCGGAGAGAAAAAAAUGGAUGCUUCUCAGUACGAAGCCUUGCUCAAAGGUGGUGAGCAGGUCACCUCCGUUCUCGAAGAAAUGGUGAAACUCUUGCAGGAUAUGAACAUGGACGAAGCUUCUGAGGAGGUGGCGGUGCAAUUGGCUGCACAAGGAGUGAUAGGCAAGAGAGUUGACGAGAUGGAGUCGGGUUUUAUGAUGGCUCUCGAUUACAUGAUACAACUUGCCGAGAAGGAUCAGGACGAGAAGAGGAAGUCUCUGUUGGAGGUUAUAAAGGAGACUGUAUUAUUUCAUCUCACAAAAAAAUACCCUCCUCAUGUAAGAUAA